AUGACCGCAAGAAAGGCAUCAUCAAGCAAGAAGGAAUCAUACGAUCAUCCUAAAUACAAGGAUAUGGUUUGCGAGGCGAUCAUUCAACUCAACAAGGGAAGAACCGGAGCCAGCUUACCAGCCAUCAAGAAAUACAUGGAAGAGAAGUAUGAAUUACCAGAAUCCUAUGGACCACACCUUAGGAAGGCUCUUCACUCGCUAGUGGAGAAGGAAAAACUCCAAAAGGUCAAAGCCUCUUAUAAACUUGAACCAAACUUUAAGAAGAGCUACAUGAAAGAGAACCAUAUUGUCGUGGAGAAGAAGGAAAAGGAAGAAGAAAGCGAAGAGGAAAAGGAAAAGAAAGAGAAGAAGGAAAAGAAGGAAAAGAAAGAGAAGAAGGAAGCCAAAGAAAAGAAGGCUCCAAAGGAGAAGAAAGAAAAGAAGGAAAAGAAAAAGAAGGAGGAGAAGGCUCCUCGAGUUGCCAAGCCAGCUACCACCAAAAAGAAGAAGAACCUCAAAGAAUCCUCCAAAGUGGAAGGACCAAGAACGGCCGACAGAUCGAAGAAGCAAGCUGCCAGCGCCAGAACUGCCAGAUCCAAAGCACGUGAUAAGGCAAGAGAAGAUUAA